AUGGCCGCAUCUAUUCUGGAGGUAGGGAAUGUAAUUGAAGACGCACGCUAUGGCUCCAGUCCUCUGGCUAUGUUAACAGCUACCUGCAACAAGUUUGGCAGCACCAGCCCUGUCAGGGAUUCAGCUACACCCGGUAAGACUGGCAGCACCUCUCCAGUAAAGAAGCCCUACAACAUGACCUCUGACCUUCAGACAGCCAAGAACGGGCGGACCACAGACAGCAGUGGCCUGGCAGACUCCUACACUGGCUCCUUCACUUCAGCUGGAGGAGGAGGAGGUGGCGGUCUGCUUACACCCACUGGAAGUCCCCCUCCUUCAGCCGGAGGCUACACUACAGAAUAUAACCCUUUCUCUCACUCCUUCCAGACUUCGGUCUCACAGGACCCGUCUCUUUUAGUGUCCAAGGCCCAUGCUACAGCCGAUUGUCUCACCAGUGUGUAUACUUCGCUGGAUAUGACACACCCCUAUGGCUCGUGGUAUAAGGCUGGUAUCCACCCUGGCAUAACUGCUGCUCCAGCUAAUGCUACAUCUUCCUGGUGGGAUGUCCAUCCCAACUCCAACUGGCUGUCAGCAACCCAGCCCCAAGCAGAUGGAGGUCUGCAGGCCUCCCUGCAGCCUGUGGCACCACAGGCAUCCCUUAGCCCACAGCUGCCCAGUUACAGCACCGAUUUUACACCACUUAACCCAGCUCCUUACCCCUCCGUGGGACUGGGCUCCUCCUCACAUCUCCUCCAACCUUCCCAGCACAUGCUGCCCCAGGACAUGUACAAGCCCAAACCUGUGCCAAGUGCAGGGCUAAUUGAGAAUCCCAUGGGCCUAAAGCCUGCUAGGGGAUCAGGGGGCUACAGCGGAGGGGCUACACCCACCCGGUCUUCAUGCGACUGCCCCAACUGCCAGGAGCUGGAGAGGCUGGGAGCCUCUGCUGCAUCCCUGAGGAAGAAACCAGUGCACAGCUGCCACAUCCCGGGCUGUGGGAAAGUCUACGGCAAGGCCUCCCACCUAAAAGCCCACCUGCGCUGGCACACCGGCGAACGGCCCUUUGUUUGCAACUGGCUGUUCUGCGGGAAACGUUUCACCCGCUCUGAUGAACUGGAGAGGCAUGUGCGCACCCACACGCGGGAGAAGAAGUUCACCUGUCUACUGUGCAACAAGCGUUUCACACGCAGCGACCACCUCUCAAAGCAUCAGAAGACCCACGCAGAUUCUGCAAUGCAGGGCAAAGCUGUAGCUGUGGAGGGAGACGCAGAUUCUCGGAGCGAAGAGACCACAGAGCUCAACUCCAGCGCUGUACCUACCAAUCCUGGCGCUGACCAAAUCACCAACGGAGAUGAGAAGACUGGCACACCUAAUGGGGUGGAGAACAGCAGUGGAUUGUUGGAGAUCUGA